AUGGGGACGUCGGAGCUUGCAUGCCUUGGAAGGCCUUUUCUUCUGGGUUCUCUCUACGAUCGCAGAGAAGACAGACUAGUGGAUGGGAUGACUCUAUGGAACGAGGAGACAUUGAGUAAACACCUCAGAAAGGUUCCGCGUACGUCCUGCAAUUUUGAGAUCAUAGCCGAGGAUACCAUCUCGAAGAAGACAUCUGCCCUGAACAUUGACGCCAGUCUUAAACUCAGUGUCUUCAGCGGCAUUGUGGAAGUCUCAGGAUCAGGCAAGUAUCUGGAGGAUCGAAAGUCGUCCUCUCAGCAAUCCCGUAUAACGCUUCAAUACAAGUCAACCACUCGCUACGAGUCGCUGACCAUGGAGCAACUGGCGACGGAAGGGAUCCAGCAUCCAAACGUGUUCAAGAUGGACAUCGCCACUCAUGUCGUCACAGGAAUCGAGUACGGAGCAGACGCUUUCUUCGUAUUUGAUCGACAAGUCUCCUCCAACAAAACAGCCCAAGAAGUGCGAGGGGAAUUGAAUGUCGUCAUCGAAAAACUAAAUUAUUUCAGUCAACGGAAAAGCCUCGGUCACAGCGAAAAUCCAACCACUUUCCAGGAAGGCCUUCAAGUGUUCGAAGAGCUCUCGGCGCUUUCCCGCGAAAUGAGCGUGGCGAAGCGGGUCUCACUCUUCCCACUGCACAAGCUGAAUAACAAGCCCGCCAGGUCGUUUCGAGAGAUAAGUGUGGGAAUCAUCCAAGAAGUGGAAGAUAUCCUGGAGGCCUGGCACGACGUGAAAGUUCGGGCAAAUGACUUGGCUAAUUCCAAAGUGAGCGAUCACUUCUCCGGAAUCGGAUCUCAACUGAAGAUCUUCCGGUCGCAGGUCGACGGAUUCAAGGCAACUUUUCAGAGGAGAAUUAUUCCCACAUUAAAGGCGAUUCGUGGAAGUGGCGAGAAUGAAGCUUCUCUUUCCCAAAUUGUAGAAGAAGUGCUUCAAUCCCCCUUCAGCAAAAGGAAUCUUUCCACCUGGGUGACAGGAAAAGAAAUGGAGAUAAGAACCCUAGAAACGCUCCUGCAAUUCUUUGAAAGAGUCCACUUCGCCUUAAAUCCUGUCGAGUUUUGCAGUGUUAUCAGCGACCCGGGGAUUCCGUAUGUCAUCUGUUUCGUCUUUGGAAUGGGUCACAAAACGGAUGCAUUUUUGGAGCGUUUGUCUCGAUGCUUGAAGGGAAAGGAGAUGGACAAUUCCUCCUAUGAAAGUGAAAUCCCUACAUUUUGGUUUGAGGACCAGAGAAUCAUGCAGGGAUUGUUAGCAGAUAUGAGGAACUUCAUGAGUUUCUUCAAAGCUAACGAGUCUAAGCCCAACUUGAGGUUUGUGGUGACGGAGAAAGACCUCAAGAAUACAUCUCACGACAUCCUCCUUUACGAGGGCGGUGUCUCGAGACGUUUCGUUCCAUCCGGGAUUCCGGGAGCACCUAAGGCUCUUGAGUUCACUCAUGAAAAAAUCCGACUGUCCUGGAAACCACCCCGCUGCGGAUUGGAAUCUGUGGAAGGGUACCGGGUGUCAUACCGGCAACUCGAGGGCAAAGAAGAAUGGCAUGAACUCAUGUUGAACGAGAAAUCCGAGAUUGCCACUAUUACCGUCCUCACUCCCAAGAAAAAGAUUGUCUGUAAGAGAGAUGUCACUGUAGACUACCAAUACGUGGGGUAA